GGUUAACUCACAUUUUAUAUUUAGCUACGCCAUUUGGUAAAAUUAAUGUUUCAUGACGACAAUAGUCCUGCAUUUCAAAAUGAACUACCGCAUUUUAUACGGGUUGGAGAUGGUAAUACUGUGUUGGUCAAAAGUGAACGGUCAAAGUAGUAGAGAUGAUAUCGUCAGCCCAAGUGUAGUUGAGGCUAGAGGAACGUUUACUGUGACAUGUGACGCGUCACGUGCUGGUGUACCAACAAAUGCUACAACAGUUGCUCAUUUAUUUAUUACACACAGACGUGGGACAAUAUAUCGAGAUUUAGCAAUAUACAGCAUAUAUAUAUAUCCAUACGAGAUAAAAGUUGAACCAUUCACAAUUCCGCCAAGAUACUGGACUUAUAAUUUUGAAGGAAGCCUAAGAAGAGGUACAGCGGACCAGCCAAAAAACAGGAACACGAUGAAAAUCAAAUUAGUUAUCCGUGAUGCCAGAUGUUCAGAUGACGGCACUUACAUUUGUCGAGGGAUGUAUAUUAGCUCUAACGGUCAACAAACAAACGUAAAAGGCUUGUACCAGAAUCUCAGCAUCGCCCAUUGUGAAACUUACGCAGGGGAGAUAAUUCCAAGUAUAGGCCCUAAAAGUUUACUAUGAUAUUUCUUGUAAAAGCAAAAACAAGUAAACGUAUUUAAAACCGAAGUUUCUAGUAUAAUAUUAUUUUUUAUUAUUUGUAGGAUACAAUAUAGUACAGGAUACAAAUUCUACCACUAUCACAAACACAUAUUUACGUUGAAAAAUGUACAAUAGAUUU